GGAUGGUCUUGGCCAGGGGGGAGAUGUCAUCAGAGUCGGUACAAGGAAAAGCCAGCUAGCACGAAUCCAAACUGAUAGCGUGGUGGAAAUGCUGAGCCAGAAGUUUCCCGAUGUUCGUUUUGAAAUUGUUGCAAUGUCCACAACAGGGGAUAAAAUUCUGGAUACUGCUUUAUCAAAGAUAGGAGAGAAGAGCCUCUUUACAAAAGAGCUGGAGAAUGCACUGGAGAGAAAUGAGGUUGACCUAGUGGUUCAUUCACUAAAGGAUUUACCAACAACAUUACCACCUGGUUUCACUAUUGGAGCUGUAUGCAAGCGUGAGAAUCCAUUUGAUGCAGUUGUAUUCCAUCCUAAACUUGCUGGGAAUAAGUUAGAAACUUUGUCUGAAAACAGUAUAAUCGGAACAAGUUCUCUUCGUAGAGCAGCUCAGUUAAAGAAAAUGUACCCACAUUUAGAAUUCAAAGAUAUUCGAGGUAACUUAAAUACACGCAUGAAAAAACUUGAAGAACAUCACAAUUUCAGUGCCAUUAUUCUAGCAGCUGCUGGAUUGCACCGCAUGGGCUGGCAAGGCCGUAUUGGUCAGAUCCUUUCACCCGAAGAGUGCCUCUAUGCAGUGGGUCAGGGAGCCUUGGCUGUGGAGGUUAGAGCCAAGGACCAGCAUAUCUUGAACAUGGUGUCUGCCCUUCAGGAUCCUCAGACUGUUUUACGCUGUAUCGCUGAAAGAGCUUUCAUGAGGCGACUGGAGGGUGGUUGCAGUGUGCCUGUAGCUGUGAGUACAGUUUUACAAGACUCCCAGCUGUAUUUAACUGGAGCGGUCUACAGCCUUGAUGGUUCAGAAUGCCUUAAAGAGACAAUGCAGACAUGUGUUGUUUUCCGAAAUGAGGAAGGUGAAUGUCCAGAUGAUGAUGCCCAACAUGUGGGUAUCACGGCAGUUGGAGUACCUCAUAAAGCUCUGGAAGCUGCUGAAACGUUAGGAACAGGUCUAGCGGACCUGUUACUAAACAAAGGGGCCAAAGAGAUCCUGACUGUGGCUAGACAGCUAAAUGAUGCCAGAUAA